GAAACCCAAAAAUCGCACGGCCCGAAACAGCAAGGUCUAGCGCUCGCCUCUCUCCUCCUCGUCUUCGGCGGCGGCGAUGCUCUCCGGCGACGUUCCCCCGAACCAGACCGUCUACUUCAAGAACCUCAACGAGAAGGUCAAGAAAGAAGAGCUGAAGAGAUCACUCUAUGCAUUGUGCUCUCAGUAUGGAAGAAUAGUGGAUGUUGUGGCCUUAAAAACUCAUAAACUCAGGGGGCAAGCCUGGGUGGCAUUCAGUGAAAUUACAGCGGCCACCAAUGCUUUCCGGGGCCUACAAGACUUCGAUUUUUACGGCAAAAAAAUGCGGGUACAAUAUGCAAAAACAAAGUCUGACUGUUUUGCCAAAGCAGAUGGUUCUUAUGCUCCUAAAGAGAAAAGGAAGAAGCAAGAGGAGAAAGCUGCUGAGAAAAAACGGCGAACUGAAGAUGGACAACAACCCGGUGCUAAUGCUCCUGUCGCCCCAAGCAAUGGAACUGGUCAUCAACCUUCUCGUUUUGCCAAGCCUCCGCAAGAGCCAGCUGCUCCGCCGAACAACAUCCUCUUCCUCCAGAACUUGCCGGACCAGACGACGAGCGUGAUGCUCCAGAUCCUGUUCCAGCAAUACCCUGGUUUCCGGGAGGUGCGGAUGAUCGAAGCCAAGCCAGGCAUUGCUUUUGUGGAGUAUGAGGACGAGAACCAGUCCAUGGUUGCAAUGGAAGCCCUCCAGGGUUUCAAGAUCAGCCCAGAGAACCCAAUGGCUAUAUCAUACGCCAAAAAGUGAACGAUCCCCCGAACCGGCCCAAAAGAAAAUUCUGUAACUAUAAGAUUUUCCACCCUAAGCUUUCAAGCUGCUGUGCUGGCUUUCUAACCCUGUAUUUCUUGGAAGUGACUUGCUUGUUGUUUAAGAAGUUAAAAGUAUCUGCUACUUUAAAAUCAGGUUUGGCUCUA